GGAGACGCGCGGACCUUGUUGAUGGGUCCACACGCCAUUUAAUUAAAAUCGCGCCUGGAAGGACAUUUUUUAGCUUUUUUUUUGAGAGGACAUCCGAGUUUAAUACAAGAUUGUUUUGACGUCUGCUGAUUCAUUUUUUUUUUUUUUUUUUGAGGGGGGAUUUCUUUCUCCCCCAUCCUAAUCGUGCGUGCCUUUUGCGCGGAUCUCCAUCAUCAUCUCACAGGAGCAGCAGCGACAAGGGGGUGGAUAGCAAAAGGGGGGGAUGAAGAUUUCAUUUUUCUUUUUUUUUCUUUCCCCACAAGAAAUAGGGCUUUAACGACAGCGUGCAUCCCGUGCUGCUGCUGCUGCGACUGCAAGCAUGCCUCUUGUGCACACUUGGACUGGGAAAUUCCAUCCACCAAUUUGAUUCCAACCCGACUUGCUGCCCGUUUUUUUUUUUUUGUUGUUUUUUUUUAAUUACUAACUUAACUUCAGUAAGAUGUCUGAUCUGCUGGUGUUGGUCGAGGGGCUCUGUGACUUGCACGGAUUUCCAUAGCGGGGGGACCACAUCUUCUUCAGCUUUUUGACACCAUAGAAGACGUCGCAUGCUACAUGUAUAGUAGGCUCCUCCAUCCUAUAUUCCCCAUUGAUUGGUUUUAAGUUUGUGGAAUUCUGCAGGACGGACCGCUGGACUGGUUGGAUUAUAGAUACUAGACAUAAGGAUUUGUGGAGAUGUUGGGUCGUCAAGAAGAUAAAUUAUGUGGAAUUGUCUCUGCUCUGGCGGCUUUGUCCUUCGCAUGCUUUGUUCAAAGCUCCACUGGAAGCACUGGAAUGUCCGUGGCCAAGACCACUGUGGACAAGUUACUGAAGGGCUAUGACAUCCGUUUAAGGCCUGAUUUUGGAGGUUCUCCAGUCAUUGUUGGGAUGAGCAUCAACAUAGCAAGCAUCGAUUCCAUCUCAGAAGUAAACAUGGACUAUACCAUCACAAUGUAUUUCCAGCAAAGUUGGCGAGAUAAGCGUUUGGCCUAUGGAGAGCUAAACCUCAACUUGACUCUGGAUAAUCGUGUAGCAGAUCAGCUUUGGCUCCCAGACACCUACUUCCUUAAUGACAAGAAGUCCUUUCUUCAUGGCGUGACAGUCAAAAACCGCAUGAUCCGACUACAUCCCGACGGCACUGUCUUGUACGGGCUGAGAAUAACCACCACUGCUGCAUGUAUGAUGGACCUGAGAAGGUACCCUCUUGAUGAGCAGAACUGCACUUUGGAAAUUGAAAGCUACGGAUACACCACGGAUGACAUUGUGUUCUUUUGGCAAGGAGGGGACAGUGCUGUGACAGGGGUCGACAAGUUGGAGUUACCGCAAUUCUCCAUUGUGGACAUUCGCUUGGUGUCCAGGGAUGUCAGGUUCAGUACAGGUUCUUAUCCCAGACUUUCGCUGAGUUUCAGGAUUAAGAGGAACAUUGGAUAUUUCAUCUUGCAGACAUAUAUGCCCUCCAUCUUGAUCACCAUUCUUUCUUGGGUCUCUUUCUGGAUCAAUUAUGAUGCCUCUGCAGCUCGGGUGGCCCUGGGUGUGACAACGGUGCUCACCAUGACAACAAUUAACACCCACCUGAGGGAGACUCUCCCAAAGAUCCCCUACGUGAAAGCCAUCGACGUCUACCUCAUGGGCUGUUUUGUGUUUGUGUUCCUGGCCCUGCUCGAAUAUGCCUUUGUAAAUUACGUGUUCUUUGGCCGGGGCCCGGCGCAACAGAAGCAAAUCAAUGAGAGGCUGAACAAAGUCAACAAUGAGCGCACAAGAUACGAGGAGAAGCGCCUGAGGGAACAGGACUCCAUUUCCGUGCCGUUUCAAACCAACACCUUCAGGUCAUUUACACAGCGAAGAAAUCUGUAUCUCGAGGAACAAAGAAAAGUUGGGGUGGACGCGUACGGCAACAUUCUCCUCUCCACUCUGGAAAUGAACAACGAAGUGAUGCCUUCUGAUGUGAGAAGCAGCGUUAGUGACUCUCGAAAUUCCGUCAUGUCCUUCGACAGCUCCGGGGUCCAAUUCAGGAAGCCCAUGACGCCCCGAGAUGGUUUCAGCCACCACUCGCUGGAUCGGAGCACUAUGCGAAGCCGGGCCAACUGUCGACUACGGCGACGCUCGUCCAAGCUCAAGCUAAAAAUCCCAAACCUGUCAGAUGUAAGCACCAUUGACAAGUGGUCCCGGGUCAUAUUUCCCAUCACUUUUGGAUUCUUCAACCUAAUUUACUGGUUAUACUAUGUGAAUUGAUGUGCAUCCCACUAGGAAUCAUGGGCCAUAUUUCGAGAGCACAUUGGUGAAUUGGCUUUGAUACAGUUCCAAAAUAUGUAUACACAUAUACAGGUUGAACAUAUGUAUAUGCAUAUUUCUAUACAGUAUAUUAUAUUUAUAUAUACACACACACACACACCAACCUGAAGGACUUUUCUGCUGUACAAAGUAUUAACGGGAUGACUUGAAUGUUUAAAAUUAAUUACGAGAGAAGAAUUUCAAAUUUCCUUUUUUCCUCCUGAAACGAACAAAUGGACGUAAAGAUCCCAGCGCGGAUUUUUGGAACUAAAAGAUUGCAUGAUAUUUUUGCUACAAAAAAAGUGAAGAAAAAGAGGAGAAGCUCUUGAUGGAGAGAAGAUACCAACAUUGACUUUUUAGUGAUUCUCUACUGCAGCUCAUGAAAUCAGUAGUGGCUUGUCUGGGUCCCCCGGGCCCUUGUAGCCCAUGGAUGCCAAGUGCACGGGAGUCUGCGGUUCCACCAUGUACAGCAACCUAAUUUAUUUUUUAAUUUCCACAUAUUUUUCCUGGAUUGGUAGCAUUCUGUCGACCAGACAUCGACCGGGAUGUUUGACCCGCCACGUUUGUGUGCCAGAGUCCACGCAAAACUUCUAAAUCCCUUCUCUAGGUCACGUUAUUUUCCGGUGAUGGGAGGAAGGGGGUCUAAUGUCUGCUUUGGUUCAAAAACAAGUGCUGAUACUUGUAGUGUGUCUUGAAAAAUACUGUGAUUUUCAAAGAGUGUCAGAACUUGUUCUAGAGCUAGGGCAUUAUGAGAUAAGAGUCAAAAGGUUCGAAUUACUCAAUUUGACAAAAAAAAAAGCACUAUGUACAUUUUUAUCACUCAGUAUUCUCUAUGUAUUGUUUAUUUCAGUGUUCAUAUCUUUGUGUUUGCGAAAGGAACUGGGGCGGGAGGGGGACCGGGAAGGGAGUGAUUUAUUGCUUUUUGUGAUUUGUUCGAGCUAAUCCACAGUAAAAAUGUACCAAUUAUGUAUAUUUAAAAGAGUCAGCAAUAUCAGGCCACAGUUUGGUAGUUUUCAUGCUUCGUGGAGCAUUUCAUCAGUGGAGCACAAAAGAGAAAAACAAUUUUUAAGGUAAAUUAACAAAAUAUCUGUCACUCGGAGCCUAAGUUAAGAGAACCUGAAUAAUCCAAAAGUAAUAUUGUUUUGUUUAUAGAAAAAAUAAACAAGAAAUUGAAAGAAAAAAACCCAGCAAAACCUUCAAUGCAAAUGGAAAAAUUGACAAAAUGUUGGUUCUUACUGGAAUCUGUAUGAGCAAGGAGAUAGGUAAAUAGGACCACUACCUGGAUAAAAGUAUUGGGACACCUGGCAAAAAUAGCUAAAAACUGAAGAUCACACAGGCUACAUUCACACUGCAGGGUUGGAUGUCCAAUUCAGAUUUUUUCCUCAAAUCCGAUUUUUUUUUUAAUUGCGGCCAUUCACAUUUAAAAAAAUUUAAUUUCUAAUGUGAAUGCAACAUGACUUGUAUGUGGACAUGACGUGAUGACGUUGCUCGCACUGCGGCUAUAACUCGGUCUCAGUACUGGCAAAUUUCUGGCAAUUUUAAGAAUGUUGUGCAAUCAAAGUCAACAUCUUCUGACCCAAAUUAUUGCGUGUAGAAGAUUAAAAAAGAAGAGAACAAGUAUUUUGACUCUGGCAGUUUUACGGGAUAUUGUGCUUCGAUGUCUGAUUGAAGACCGUGUCAGUGGGCGAGCAGUCGCAGACAGGAGUGGUUAAGCUGAACAUUAUUUUCCCUUGUUAUCUGCUCCGUCGUCAUCUAUCUAUUUGGGCGAUUAUCGUUUUUUGAUGACCUUCUUCUGGUCAGACGAGUGCAACUUGAGCGCCGGAGCCUUCACAUUGAAGACGCAUCGCAUAUAUAUUUAAAUGAUUUCCAUAUAUAAAAGAGGCCUUGGUCUGAUAUGAAACAUUCUGCAUUUGCACUGUUAAUGUUGACAUGAAAAAGCCCAAUGCAGGUCGUAUAAGGGCAAAAAAUCGGAACUGAUCUGUAGUGUGAACGAGGCCACCAAGUUCAGUGUUUUCUAAAAUGAUGACUUGUGAGGCAGCAGUGAUCAAUUGUAUCGACAUGGCCAACUCAGAAAUUUGACAAAAUAUGGGUUUAUUCAUUACCGUAGGUGAUGAGAAUAUAUGAUAUUCUUAACCGCAUGAUUGCUGUCGGCGUGUUGUUAGGUUGCAGAGACGGUAGGCAUGCAGAUAAGGUAUUUUAAUUCAGACUACUCUCAAUAGACAAACGAGGGAAGGAGAAACUGACAGGUAAACCCUCUUAAUUUGCGAUCAAAAGCAGGUGAGUCACCUGAUGACUAAUCAAGAGCAGGUGUGGAGAACAGCGCUCAGAAAUAGUGUUCAAGUCACUGCAAGACCUAGCCAAAACAGGAAGUGGAAAAAAAUAGAGCAUUAGCCAGGAAGAAACACUAAACACAGGAAAACAACACAAAAAGUGUCACACAAAUCAUGACUCUUAAGUCCAAUCAGCUAUUUAUGUGCAGCAAGGUGAUUAAAGUAAUACUGGGUUAUAGGGUGCACAUAAUUAUAAAUUGCACCCAUUUACUUUUUGGACAAAUCUUAUUUGGUACCUAUAUUGGCCGCAGAGGUCUGUCAGGCGCAGGUGGACACAUUGACUAUGUUUUCACUGCAGGCCAAAGUGGACCAAAUCGGAUUCUUUUGAGAUCUGAUUUUUUUCCAGCUGACUGUUCACGCUGCAAGUAAAAUAUAAUUUUUAUCAAAGGGUUCGAAGCAUGUGAAAAACAGUGUAUUAUAGUUCAAAAGCAACGGUAGCUGGACACAUACAAAUUAAUAUUUUUAUCAGUUUCAUUUCAGUCUUGAUUCGUUUGUUCUAUGCAAGAAACAAAGAAAAACACAAAGAGAGCACAAUCUACCGAGUCAAAUACCUUGUGUGUUAAACAUACUUGGCCCAAAAAAAUGUCAUUCUAUUUCUGAUAAUCGCUCUUCAUGGUGGUUUGACGUGUGACACGCUCAAGGGCAGUGUUUUCAUGAGUGAGCAACCACAACUAUUGUUGAUUAGCUAUUAGAUUACUGUGUGUAGUAUUGUAGUAAACAAUGCCGACUAAAGCCAUAUCUGCAUUGUUGUUGGAGCUGGGACUAAUCAUUUUAUUUUAUUGUAUAGGAGAAGACGUUCUCAAACAUGAGUGAAUAAGUCGAGGCCGAGUACGGACGAGUUGGAAAACCCGGAAAUGCCGUACUAAAGAAAGAAGACUAAUCACAGCUUGUUUUGUUUUGCCACUGUCAAUCAAAGGGGGGAGGAGCCAGGGCGUCCGUCAAGCAAACAGCCUUAAGAGGUGUUUCUCAAUACUUUUGUCCCUCCAGUGGUUUAAAAAAUGAUAUUCCACUUGAGACUGAGUCAUUUAGUAACAAUUAGUAAUCAGUGCAAAUGCAUAAAAUGUCUCCAAAAAGGGAAUACUAGUCAGAGGGUUCAUAAGGUUGACAUCUUGCAGAUCAUAACGUUUGUAAAUACCUAACAAGAAUCGCCGGUAUUUGCCGUUAAUUUACUGAAAUUCAAAAUCACUUAUCAGUGAUUAGGUGCGGAUUGUACACCUACUUUAUUUUGUUUUUAAGUCAUACGCUCCUGUAAGUGAGCUCCUCUGUUAAAGAAGAGUCGAUUUUUCACAAUUACCAUUUGUAAGCGGCAGCCUGUAUAAUUGUUAAAUUCUCAAACAGCUGUGUCCAAUGAGGAGAUAUUUCGCCAAUCGUUUUGCUGUCAUCAAAUGUGAGGUGGUGUCACUUUAGGUGACUUUUUCACCUAAAGUAGAAUAAUGAAGGAGGUAAGAGACUGUAUAGACCAUUUUUUUUUCUUACUUAUUUCACUUUGAUUCAGAGCAGCUGUUUGGUCCAGUGCAAGAAAAGUCAUUUUCUUUGUAUUUGCAAACUAACUUAAGAAAUCAAAUGUGCCAUGUUUUUUGGGGGGGUUUUUUUACCAUCCACAAUAACAAACUUUGCAUGCAUCCACGUAUAUUUCCCUUCACUACAUGGAAUUAGUACAAUCACCCUCAAAAAGCUGUGAGUACCUUCUGUUUACUUUUGAGAGACCAUACAUUUCAUUUGAUACAUGUUGAAGGUGGAGAGGAGGGGAAAAAGUGUUGAUCUGAGUUCAAUGUGAAUUUUCUUGCCUCUUGUGUAUAUGUGUAAUUACAUGUGAAUUGUACUGUAAAUAUGAUCUCUUUCACUUAAUAAUUCUUAAUGCAUGAACAAAAACAUGGCAGUUCGUAAAUACCAGCUAGCCUCACAGCUAAUGGCAUGGACCGCUUUUCUAGCAUUGGCAUACUUCUGCAAAUGAAACCAAGAAGAAGACAAAAAAAAAUGAAAGAAGAAAUCACAAUAAGUGUGAACAAAAUAAUGGAGAAAUCAACAAGUCCUCUUCCAGUGAGGGAGUUUGUGGAGACUCUGUCCAGGUUCACGAUGUCCCCUCAAGUGCAAAGCUUAUGUUGGUAGACGGCUUUGGCUCACUGUCAGCAAAUGGGAUGGCGUUACCUUGAGUGAAAUUUUCUAGUCGCCCCGGUCACCAAUAAUAGGAUUUUUGCAGUACCAGGAAGCGGCCGUGUUUACCUCAGCCAUCAACUCGUGACCCAGUCAUGUCUCACUUUACUAUAUGUACAGUAUAUUUACAAAGAAGGGCAUUAUGGCCAAGCUGGCUUGUAGAGGCUAGAGGAGCAGGAUAUGCCUUAAGAAGGCGAGUGGGAUGUUCUUUCCUGUUCCUCAACAAUACAAAAAAAAAACUAGUGUGCCCUUGAAACAGGGCACUUUGCUAAGUGCCCUAGUGCAGCUGCUCCCUUGCCAACAACAGAACUUUACAUAUGUAUGUCAAAUAUAGUUUUAGUACAAGUUUUUUAUGUUUGCUCUUUUGACAGUGAAUUUCCAGAACAAAAACAGGAUAUAUAAAAUUGCCCCAAAGUAUUAAGGUAAUGCUGAAAUAAAAAGUCAAAUUACAAGAAGGUUACCAUGUGAUUUGAAUGGAACAGGCGACAUUCACACACACACACACGUGCUCGCUCUUGAGAUUUGGCUUAGGCUAUGUCCGCACAAAGAUGGACAUUUCAAAAAUGUAUAUUUUUCUAUGCGUUUCGGCAGGGACUAAAUUAGAAUUUCAGAAAUGGGGCGGGGGGGGUCUCAAUGAGCUUGCAUACAUGGGUUGAGGUGAUAAGGUGCAUGUUUUGGAGUAAUAUUAAUGAGCAAAAGGUUCAAUAAUUACUUCUUUGUACAAAACAAGAACAUUAACAGAAUGAAAUAACUUAUUUUAUUUGGCUUUUUCAAGUUUGCAUUAUGAUUUAGUUUAAUGUUUGCCUCGCAUGUCCUUGCUGGGAAUGAAGCCGUGUCUGCUUUAGCGGUAACAACAUCACGACUUGCCAAAAAACAUAUAUUUUGAAAUGUAAUAGUCUUUUAUUUUUGAUCACAUUUUGAAAAUUGGUAUUUGAUUCAUAAUUAGAAUAAAAAUAAUUGUGAUUCAGGUGUGAAACGAUUUUUUGUUUGUACCCUUUAUAACUUACAUUUGGGUGGAGCUCUGGACUCGUCUUGCCUGGAUUUUGUAUUUGUGCUACUUGUUCGUAAUUCAUAUUGCUGUGUGGAGACCAACUUGCCCUUGUCUCACAUUUGACUGCUGAUUGGUCAAUUGCUGUGUGCAGUCAGCCAUAGUCACAUUUGCAAGAAUGCAGUCCCACAAAAACAAUCAUUGAGCUCUAGAGACAAGCUGAUCGAUUGUUUUUCCACCCGCUGCUUGUGUUUGACUUGUCAGCAUUCAUUAGAGCAACAUUAUGUUUGGACGUUAAAAAGUGCAAAAGACAAACAUUUAGUUGUUUGACGUCAAAAACUGAGUUUUUGAAAAAUUCCACCCCGAGUAGAGAUUUGAAAAAAUUGUGUCUUUGGCGCCAGUGUGUCAACUAAGCAUUUUAAUUCAUGUCAUAAGCAUUGUCUCACGUUUUUAAACACUAUCUAGCAACAGAACAUGCAAUUACUUACGAAUCUUAUAAUAUGCAUAGGCAAUAAAUACAAAAUGAUGCUGUUUUCUAGGCUCUGGGUAAGUGUUCGCUAACCUUGAGGAUAAUUUACAUGCCACUGUACAUAAAAGUGUUACAAUGUGUCCGGCAUUUGAGUGGACAAAAUGCACAUGGCAGCCAGUGAACACAUUUUUAUGUAGAUGGACAUUUUUUAAAUACCGACGAGGGGUAAAUCUGCUAUUUUGAAAAUAUCCUUUGUUCGUGUGGACGUGGCUUAUAUUAGUCUUACAACAAAUCAUUGUUCAAAACAUUUCUAUUUAGAACAUCCAGCAAACCCACACAGAAAUUGUGUCAGUCAGUUUGCACAAUCUUUCUGUUCACACUGAUGUCAGUGAAAAUGUGCCAAAAUAUUGAUUAUUCUUUUGUUUUUUCAUUGACAAAAUCGUUGAUAAUCUCCGUUCCGAUGCAAGUUUUAUAAUAGUAAUAUGACAAUUUCACAAUCGUAAAAUUAUUGCCUUACAAUCAACAUUUUUUUCCUGACAUUUUUCUCAUAUCAUAUGAUUUAAUUAUUUUCUUUUUUCUAUUUUUCAGUCGUGGCCCUAAAAAAAAAAUUAUCCACGCAGGUACAAGUAAAUAAAGCCUUAACCCUAUGACGCACAAAUUCACGGUGGGAGAGGGGUUAGUGCGUCUGCCUCACAAUACGAAGGUCCUGCAGUCCUGGGUUCAAUCCCAGGCUCGGGAUCUUUCUGUGUGGAGUUUGGAUGUACUCCGGCUUCCUCCCACUUCCAAAGACAUGCACCUGGGGAUAGGUUGAUUGGCAACACUAAAUUGACCCUAGUGUGUGAAUGUGAGUGCAAGUGUUGUCUGUCUAUCUGUGUUGGCCCUGUGAUGAGGUGGCGACUUGUCCAGGGUGUACCCCGCCUUCCGCCCGAUUGUAGCUGAGAUAGGUGCCAGCGACCCCAAAAGGGAAUAAGCGGUCGAAAAUGGAUGGACGAAUGAAUUCUUUCCUAAAGUGUUAUCUCUCUCUAGGCAAAAAAAAAUGUAAUACUCAUUUUGAAAAACAUAACUUUUUUAAGGAGUUAGUGAAAUGUCCACAAAGGUGAACAACAUUCUUUUGGCAUAACUGAUGAAAAAUGAUUUUGUGAUGCGUAAAACAUACUAUUUUAAUCAUUUAUGUUCACAUAUCUAAUUUAACAUACAGUGGUACCUCAAUUUAUGAGAUUUAUUGGUUCUGUGACAGAGCUCUUAACUCAAAACACUCGUAUUUCAAAUCCACUUCUCCCAUUGAAAUUAAUUGAAAUCAAUUUAAACGAUGCUUGCCCUCUUCCCCCCAAGAAAAACACGUUUAACAUAUUACAUCUACUAUGAAAAGAAAAAAUAACUUUUUGACAAGCAGUAUUGUAUAAAAAACUAUACAAUAGAAUGUAACACUAACAACUACAGUAGUUACAUGAAGUAAUGUAACAAUUAGGUACAGUAUUUACCAUGGAGAGUAGACUCCUGCUGUAUCUCCUUCCAGCUGCAUCUCCGUCAAACACAUCCGAAGCAGCUUUCCCAUAUUUUUCUAGAUAAAUGUCCAUCAUUUGGAUACUAUUUUAACAAGAUCAGCUGGCGUAAGACUCACUCUGCCUCAGUGUGGUGCAGACAAGCAGUGAUGAGCUCGAAUUGCUUCAAGAAGUUAGCGACACGCUGAGUCAUGUUUUGGAUUAUUUAUUUUUCUAAUUCAAUUAAUAUUUUCCACUUCUUUGUCAAUCUCUAGCUAUAAGCUAUUGCUAACGAGUAAGAGGAAAUUGUUUUGGGCAGAUCUUACGGGGUUCACUGUGACAUUUUCUACACCCAUCUAAUGGCAAGGAUGCUUAUGACUUAAAUAUGUUCUUGCAACCUAAACCAUAACAAUUAGCAGAGCGACCACUCUUAACUCAAAACGCUCCUAAGUUGAGUUACCGCUGUAUUGCAGUACGGUUGAAAAACAUUCAGACUCUUGACUUCAAAAACAGCUAUUUUCGAAGCACCGAUCCACAAACUAUUGCUAUGGUCUAAUAAAAAAAUGGCUUUCCAUUAACAUACAUUCAUUAUUUUGCAGUGAAAACAUUAAUGCAGGUGAAAUAUUUUUAAAACCAACAAAGUCACAAUAAUACUAUACAUGGCAAUCAAAAUAUAGGCAAAAAUGAAUGAUGUCCAAUUUAGUGGAGACAUAUGCUCGGAAAUUUAAACGUUUAUAUUAUUCUUUACUGACUUUUUUUAGUUUUGUUAGUUUUUUUUUAACUAACGACAACUGACCAAUGGGGGGCAAGACACAACAGUGCAUUACAUUACGUUAAGACUCAUGCAUAUAAGAAAAUAGUUUUUGAAUAUCUGUGCACUGUAGUGACCUUAUUGCACCACAGGGUUAAAGAGACUCUCAAUUUUGAAGAAGUACGAGCGCCAUAUUUAGAUGAGCAUGGGUCUCAAUCCAUGCAUGAAAAUUUCAUCCACCAAAGCCCAAACCAAGGCUGACAGACUUCUCACUGUUGGAAGAACUUGUGUUGGUGCAUUCAUUAUUUUGUAUACACCAAUGUUCUGUUUAGCAUGAAUUGAGCUCUGCAAUGUUCAUUUUCCUAUCCCUAUUUUUCAAGGCAUUUAGCUCUCUGCAUCAUAAGAUUCAUCACCACAGCCAGGAUACGGAAGAUCCAGUGUUUACAUGCUCAAAUUGCACUUGUUUUACAGCCAGCUCUUGUUAAACAAACGUUUCGUAAUAAAAAAAAACAAUAAAAUGUAAACACGUAAUGUACAUGUUGGGAUUUGCGUGAAUGACAAAAUGUACCUGUUGUAAAUGACAUAAUUUGGAAUAGAUGCUGUUGUUUGGGUCAGGUUUAGCUCACACAUCAGUCACUCUUCAGCUACAAAGGAUGUAAAGGAUGUGUCAUCUGCAGCAUCCGACAUAAGCCAUGUGAUUGCACAGUGAGUGGGUGUUCCCUCUAUUUUCCCUGUAAUGAUCCCGCCUCUGGUUAUAAUUGUUGAAUGCCGUGUGACAACACUUGCAAGAGGCCUCCCAGUUAGUGUGCCUCCCUCUGUGAAAGUUGCCAACCAGGGAGACCAGGUCACAAUUUUCACACAUGAAAAUUGGCAAAAAAAAACAACACGCACACACACACACGCACACACACACACACUUAAACACACAAAACCAACAGGCUGUUUAUUUUUGGAGUAUAAAUUAGAACAUUUGCUUCAUUCCUGUGUUUCUAAUUUGUUGUAUUUGUUGCAUUUGUUAUGGAUUGUUAUUCUUGUUGAUGUUUUAUCAUAAAAAGGAAAAUGUAAUUUAUCUGAUAUAAAUGGCAUUGGAAGAAAAAAAAACAUUUUUUGUAUCGUAAUUGUUUUGUUCAUAUUGGAGCGCUUAUUUGAUUCAGUUGUUUAAUGAGGUGUUUGAUUUCGUUUGGCGUAUCGGUACCCAUGGAAAUCAACAUUUGUGCGGUAUGGAACUGUGUUAUUUAUUUGUUUAUUACUUUAUUUUUGUCAGUGCAAAUUAUUGUUAUAGUGCCAAUCAGCUUUUUUAGGUGUUUGAACAAAAAGUGUUUUUUUUACAAAUACAAGAUGUUCAAGUAUGUGGUAUAAAAAAGGGUUAUCAUUCGAACAACAGACUUUUUACAAAUAAAGGCUUGUACAGUAAAGGAAACUCAUGUCUUGACUAAUAUAACAUAUCAGGACAUUUUCAUAUAUAAGUACUCUCUGCAAUAGUAAUCCCCAUUAGAUAUGUGCUAUAACGCAGUGGUCCCCAACGUUUUUGUAGCU